AUGGUUAAGGCUGCAAAAUGGUUCAUCUGUUUGUUCCUUUUUCUUACCAUGUGGCUUUGCGCCCUAUAUGGUCCCUUUCAUGGUUCAUUUUUUGACUCUUGUGUUCUUUAUUUACCCAUCAUUGUUAUCUUUUUUAUUGGUUGCUUGUCUUUAGCCUACAUCGUGUACGGCGUUGUAACGUUUAAUGAUUGCCCAGAAGAGGCGAAAAAGUUAAAGAUGCAGAUUGGCGAAGCUAGGCGAGGAUUGGAAAAGGCUGGUUUCAAGUUCUAA